AUGUCGUUUGCCCCGCCUCCAGGACCCCCCCCUCCGGCUGUCCCGGAGGGGUGGAAGGCUCAGUUCGAUGAUCGGUAUAAGCAAUGGUUCUUUGUAAAUCUGCGUACUGGCAAGUCCCAAUGGGAGUCCCCUCAAGGACCGGCACAAGAGGAACUGCAUGCCCCUCCUAGCGAAGCACCUCCCUCAUAUGAAGAGUCCGGGCCUGCAAAUCCGCCCGCAGUACAUGGCGCAAACGAGAAGAAAAGCCUGGGCUCGAAUAAUCCUUACAACCAGGCCGACGCCAGAAACAGUUCUCUGGACAGCGAUGCCCGGCUAGCUGCCCAGUUACAGGCGGAGGAAGAUGCCCAUGCUCGUAUCAGUAGAAGCCCGAGACAGCAAGCACAGCCUGGAGCCGCUGCAGAUUACUAUACAGAAGCCUCGCGGCCGCAGUCAGUUGGAUACCAGUCGCCUUCAACCCCCUCGCAACAAAUAACCGAUCCAGAGCAGAAGAGGAGCAGGGGUUUUCUGAGCAAGUUGAUGGGAAAAGCAUCCAGUGGCAGUGGUGGAAAUUAUGGAAGGCCAUCUUCGCAGCAGCCACAGUCAUACGGGUAUCCCCCAGGCGGAUAUGGUGUCUAUCCUCAACAACCCGCAGGGUAUGGUUAUCCUUCCUAUCCGGCCCAACCAGGUUAUUAUCCCGCAGCGACACAACCAGCGCGGCGCCAUGGUGGCGGUAUGGGAACCGCAGGAGCUGCAGCUUUAGGUGUAGGUGGUGGUUUGCUCGGGGGUGCUUUGUUGGCAGAAGCUUUGGAUGACCAUGACUAUAAUGAUUACGGCUCUGGCGGUUAUGAUGACUUUGACGGUGGCGACUUCGGCGAUUUCUGA